AUUAAUUAAUUACUGUGAAUUUGUUAAGGAAUUGAUGGAUUACUUAGAUUUUCUGUAUUCUGGUAAAGGGAACAUCUCCCUUAUUUAUGAUGUUUGUAAGGCAUUCUACCGUGCUGAGAAAGAGUACAAGUCUCACGGCUUAUUUUAUGGAUUUUAAACGGGUAUAUGAGGAACUUAAUGUAUUGUUGCCUUUUAGUCUUGAUGUGAAAGUUCAGCAGGCCCAAUGGGAGCAACCGGCUAUUAUGAGUUUUUUUACAGGCCUUCCUUCAGAGUAUGAGAUUGCUAAAUCUCAGAUUCUCUCCAAUUCUGAGAUUUCCUCUUUGCAUGAAACAUUCACACGGGUCCUUCGUACAGAGAGUACCAAAUCUUCACAGCCUGCCAGUGGUGCUCUUAUUAGCCGUAAUCCAAAUGGACAACAGGGUAAUAGAAGAGGAAGUAGAGAAAGAAUUACAGGCAACAUAAGUAAUUAGCGUAAUGGAGAGGCUAGUUCUAAUCAGGACUCAAGAGGAGUCAUUUGUUAUUAUUGCCAGGAGCCUGGCCAUACAAAAUAUAAUUGUCUGCAACUUCAGAGGAAAAAUCAGCGAUCACAGAUGGCAAAUAUGGCAACAGAGGAUUCUACAGUAUCUUCCUCUAAGAAAACUGUUUUGGUAUCUGCAGAGGAUUUUGUACAGUUUUCCCAGUAUCAGGCAUCUCUAAAGCCUACCAGUUCCCUUAUUACUGCGAUCGCUGAGUCAGGUAAAUCCACUACAUGCCUUGUGUCUUCUUCAUCCAAAUGGGUUAUUGAUUCUGGUGCGAUAGAUCACAUGACAGGUAAUUCUAGUAUUCUAUCUGCUUUUCAGUCUAAUCUCAUUUCCUCUACUGGUACUUUAACUGAUGGUUCUACUUGUGUCAUGGGUUUUGGAACUGCGAACCCGACUUCGUCAAUUUCUUUGUCAUUUGUUUUGUGUCUACCAAAAUUCUAUUUUAAUUUACUUUUGUUAGUAAACUUACUCGUACCUUAAAUUGUUCUGUUUCCUUUUUUCCUGACCAGUGUUUGUUUCAGGAUCUUACAACGAAGCAGAUUAUUGGUAGAGGACGUGAGUCGGGUGGUCUCUAUAUUCUGGAAAAUCAUGUACAGUAGUCGCUUGUUUGCUCCAAUACCUUAACACCUCUUGAAGCUCAUUGUAGAUUGGGCCAUCCUUCUUUGUCUACCAUGAAGAAGCUGUGUCCUCAGUUUCAGUCUUUAUCAAUACUAGAAUAUGAAAGUUCCUAAACACUUUUGGGCGGAUGCAGUUUCUACGGCGUGUUUUUUGAUCAAUUGUAUGCCGUCUUCUAUCCUUAAGGGGGAUAUUCCUUAUACUGUUUUGUUUCCUACAAAAUCUUUGUUCCCUGUUGAACCCCGUAUUUUUUGUUGUACCUGUUUUGUGCGUGAUGUUCGUCCACAGGUUACUAAAUUGGAUCCAAAGUCUCUCAAAUGUGUCUUCCUUGGAUACUCCCAGCUCCAAAAAGGGAGAUUGGAGAUUCCUGACUCAGAUCCUAUACCAGCUACUUCGUUGGGAGAUCCUGUAUCUCAUGCUGAUCAUGAUUCUGAUCUAGACUUACCCAUUGGUCUUCGUAAAGGUAAACGUUCAUGUAUUUACCCUAUCUCUUCUUUUGUUUCUUAUAAUCAAUUGUCUUCUUGUUCUCGGUGUUUUGUUACUUCUUUAGACUCUGUUCCUAUCCCUAAUACUGUUGGUAAGACACUGUCUCAUCCUGGCUGGUGUGCUGCUAUGAAAGAGGAAAUGGAGGCUUUAGAUGCUCAUGGUACAUGAGAACUGUUGCUUUUGCCCACUGGUAAGAAAGCUAUUGGUUGUAAAUGGGUAUUUACAGUAAAGGUAAAUCCUGAUGGUUCUAUGGCUAUGUUAAAAGCACGCAUUGUAGCAAAAGGAUAUGCUUAGACAUAUGGGGUUGAUUACUCUGACACUUUUUCUCUUGUAGCUAAACUCACUUCUGUUCGCUUGUUUAUCUCUUUAGCAGCUACAUAUGAUUGGCCCCUGCACCAAUUGGAUAUUAAGAAUACUUUCCUUCAUGGUGAUCUUCAGGAGGAGGUGUAUAUAGAGCAACCACCUGGGUUUGCUGCUCCGGAGGAGUUGGGUAAAGUUUGUAAGCUUCGGAAGUCUCUUUAUGGCUUGAAACAAAGUCCUAAGGCCUGGUUUGGGAGAUUCAGUGAAGCAGUACAGGAAUUUGGUAUGCAAAAGAGUAAAUGUGAUCACUCAGUAUUUUAUAGGCAAUCUGAGGCUGGUCUAAUUCUCCUGGUAGUCUAUGUGGAUGAUAUUGUCAUCACUGGGAGUGACUCUGCAGGUAUUUCAUCUCUUAAAACCUUCCUCCAAAAUCAGUUUCAGACCAAAGACUUGGGAUUGUUAAAGUAUUUCUUGGGUAUUGAAGUUAUGAGAUGAAAGAAGAGUAUUUUCUUGUCUCAAAGAAAAUAUAUCCUCGAUCUAUUGACAGAGAUAGGAAAAUUAGGUGCUAAGCCUUGUAGUGCACCAAUGACUCCAAAUUUACAACUGUUAGUAGGGGAUAGUGAGUUGUUUGAAAAUCCAUAGAGAUACAGGAGAUUGAUAGGAAAAUUGAACUACCUUACAGUCAUUCGUCCUGACAUUGCUUAUGCUGUUAGUGUGGUAAGUCAGUUUAUGUCUUCCCCAACUGUUGCUCAUUGGGAAGCCUUGAGACAAAUCUCGUGUUAUCUAAAGGGCGCUCCAGGAAGAGGUUUGUUAUAUGGUAAUAAUGGGCAUUUGAAUGUUAAAUGUUUUUCAGAUGCCGACUGGGCUGGAUCUAAGAUUGACAGGAGGUCAACUACUGGAUAUUGUGUUUUUGUUGGAGGAAAUUUGGUGUCUUGGAGAAGCAAGAAGCAGAGUGUAGUUUCUCGAUCUAGUGCUGAAUCCGAAUACAGAGUCAUGACACAAUCAGUAUGUGAGGUAAUGUGGAUACUUCAAUUACUAGAUGAGACAUGUUUUAAGACCUCCUGCCUGUGAAAUUGUGGUGUGAUAAUUAAGCUGCUCUUCAUAUUGCUUCUAAUCCGGUGUUUCAUGAGCUAACCAAACAUAUUGAGAUUGAUUGUCACUUUGUUCGUGAAAAGAUUCAACAACAGAUCAUCUUAACAGGACACAUCAAAACUGGAGAGCAGUUAGGAGAUAUUUUCACAAAAGUUCUGAAUGGAGCUAGGAUUGACUACAUUUGUAACAAGUUGGGCAUGAUUAACAUCUAUGCUCCAACUUGAGGGGAGUGUUAUGGAAAGUCAAUCACUAUAUUAUUUCUUUGGAUAUUCUGUAUUCUGUAUUUCUAUUUAGGAUUUCUUAUUUAGGAUUUCUUCCUAAUUAAUAGAACACAAUUAUAGGAAUCAAUUGUAUAUAUAUACCCAUGUACAGAUUAAUUAAAAUUAAGGAGAAUCGUCUCUUUCUACAAGAAAAUUGCCCAUUUGAAGAAACUAUUAGCUUAGGAGUUUGAGAUUAAAGAUUUGGGUAAAUUAAGAUAUUUUCUUGUAAUGUUGGGUUAUAAACCUGCCAAAUCACCUAUUUAAAUUAAUCAUAGAUUACAAGGAGUUGGGGAAUCAAUUGACUUAGGGAGAUAUCAAAGGUUGGUAGGGAGAUUGAUUUAUUUCUCACUUAUUAGACCUGACAUAGCUUAUGCGGUGAGUCUAGUAAGCCAGCAUAUGCAUGAUCCUAGAGAACCUCACUCAUAAGUUGUUUUCCAUAUUUUGAGAUAUUUGAAAUUUGCACCAGAAAAAUGACUUCUUGUUUCAAGGCAUGGCCAUCUCUAGAUAAAAGUCUUUACAGAUGCAGAUUGUGCUGAAUCUCUUGAUGAUAGGAGGUAUACAAUAGGUUAUUGUACCUUUGGCAAUGGUAACUUAGUCACUUGGAGAAGUAAUGGAAGCAAAGGAAACUUGAUAUUCUAGGCUUGAGAGAUGAUAGAGUCCUUAUGAGUUAUG